AUGGAAAAAAUGAAAACCCAAGCACAACAACAAACAGCAACGAAAAUCAUGAAUAAAAAGAAAUCACCAACAGAAUUUGUUGCAAGACGAACACCACCAUCGAUUAUUCAAGUUGAAAAAACACGUCGUGUUGCCGCUAAUGCACGUGAACGCCGUCGUAUGAAUGGUCUUAAUACAGCAUUUGAUCGUCUACGAACGGUUUUACCUUCUUCGAUGUUUCAACAACAACGACGUUUUUCAAAAUAUGAAACAUUACAAAUGGCUCAAAGUUACAUAGCUGCACUUCAAUCAAUAUUAAAUCAUAAUACAUCAUCGGAUAAUGAUCAUAGUUUUGUAAAUGUAAGUAGUACAACCGAUGAAGAUAUGGAUGAUCAAACUGUGAACUAUUAG